UUGCAUUAUUUAGUGAAGCGUGUACGGAGUAUGGUGUUGCUGUACUUAGAGUGUUAAUUUUGAAUUUGAUGUGAUGAAAUUAAGAUUUUAACAAAAAUUUAUAAUUAUUUAAAAUAAGUGAAUAGAAUAUAUGUGGGAUUUCUGUUAAAUAAGUUUGAAACAGUAAACACACUUCACUGAAUUCAGAUAUCAAUUAAAAGAAAGCAGCGCCCAACAAUUUCAAAUGAGCGCGUCUCCGGUAACUUUUGAAAAAGUUUCUUAAGUUUAACGUUCAACCGAAAAAUAAGAAAAACUAUAUACCCACCAGCGUAGGGUUAAACCUGUCAAAAUUCCAAGCAAACAGUGCAUUUACCACAAAUACAAGGAAAAUGUUGGAUCGAUGCGAAAUGCCAGUACAGCUCGAUAAAGACAAAUACCGUCGCGAUCGCGAUAGUCGCAUAAAUAACCAACGACUGGAUUUGCCGAAUUUGUGCAAUGGCGGUGCCGUACGUGGUUCUCCACGUGUUGCCCGUUAUAUGGAUGCGCAUAAUAAUCACACAAAUCAUCACCAGCGUAGUCCCACAACUACAAAUGGCAUAUCCCAUAACAGCAGCAACAACAAUAAUAAUAUAAGCUCCCCAGUAUCAUCGAAUACUGUUUCUUCACAUGGAAAUAGCUCAAGCGGUGAACGCGGCUCCUCAACUAAGUCAAUCAGUAGCAGUGGCAGCGGUAAUUCUGGUGAUAGCGAACUAAAAUGCGCCACACCAAUGACACCUACAGAACUUAUCAAGAAGUACCGCACUUAUUUAACUGACUUGGAAUUUGAAGAGCUGAAAGUUUACAAGGAAAUUUGGUAUUUUGGUCAAAAUGCCAGUAAAAAUUUCAAUUCAACAAGUUCAACCAACAACUCUGGUUAUGAUGAUGAAAAUGGCAAUUAUAAAAUUAUUGUACAUGAUCAUAUUGCAUUUCGUUAUGAGAUUUUGGAAGUGAUUGGCAAGGGAAGUUUUGGUCAAGUCAUACGUGCUUUGGAUCAUAAAACCAAUAUGCAUGUUGCUAUAAAAAUUAUACGCAACAAGAAGCGUUUUCUAAAUCAGGCUGUUGUCGAGCUCAAUAUACUGGACGAUUUACGUGAAAAGGAUGCUGAUGGAUCUCAUAAUGUUAUACAUAUGCUGGAUUAUACAUGCUUUAGAAAGCAUUUAUGCAUUACUUUUGAACUGAUGAGUCUUAAUUUGUAUGAAUUAAUCAAAAAGAAUAACUAUAAUGGUUUCAGCAUGAGUCUAAUACGCCGUUUUUGUAAUUCAAUUGUUAAGUGUUUACGUUUAUUAUACAAAGAGAAUAUCAUACAUUGUGAUUUGAAACCGGAAAACAUACUCUUGAAACAACGCGGCAGCAGCUCAAUCAAAGUAAUAGAUUUCGGAAGUUCAUGUUAUGUUAACCGUAAGAUUUACACUUACAUACAAUCACGUUUCUAUCGUUCACCAGAAGUUAUAUUGGGUCUUCAAUAUGGUACAGCUAUUGAUAUGUGGAGUUUGGGUUGCAUACUGGCUGAACUAUACACUGGUUUUCCAUUAUUCCCGGGUGAAGAUGAGGUCGAACAAUUGGCUUGUAUCAUGGAAGUGCUCGGUCUACCACCGCGCGAUGUUGUUGCAUCAGCUACACGCCGUCGUUUGUUCUUUGAUUCACGCGGGACCCCACGUUGCAUCACCAACACUAAGGGACGUAAACGUUCACCAGGCACCAAAACAUUGUCACAGAUUUUACUCUGCAAUGAUCGUUUCUUCAUUAAUUUCUUACAUCGUUGCUUGGAAUGGGAUCCAGCGGAACGUAUGACACCUGAGGAAGCAGCACAUCAUGAAUUUUUGCAGCCAUCUUCUUCGAGUCGCCAUCGUAACUGCCGUAUGAGCACAUCUUCGUCGACUGGAGGUCUCAGUAGCUCGUCACAAAAGUCUUCUUGCUAUAAUUUUGCUGAAAUAUCACCACCAGUAGAGAAUAGCAGUGUUCCCAAUAAUGGUAAUGGCCCAUUGGUUGCAUCUAUAACUAAUACUACAGUUAUAAGUAAUGCAGCUAUUACAAAUACCACAAAGCAAGGACAACGUACAACGAAAAAUUCUCAUCCAAAUAACGGUAUGCAUAUGAUGAUGCAGUCAUCUAGCCAUUUGCCUGAUAUUAAACUGAGUGCAAGUGACAAAUAUAAUAGCAUGCAGAAGGUAGCUGUACGUUCCAAGAUUGCUUCGUCUGUUUCUGAUCUCGAAUCGGUGCCACAAUAUUCUUUACAUCGCAUGUAUGGCGCAGAUGGCUCCAAUGGUGCCAGUGGUGUCAGUGGUACAACUGCACAUGGCCACGCACAAUCAUCCACACGUAAGCAUUUGAUUACUAGUGGCAAUAUCGGCAAUACAGCCAGUAAAUAUGGCGCCACUACCCUAUCGCACUCGCACCACAGCGGCAGUCAUCACAGCGGCAUGGCUAGCGGCGUUAGUAUUGGCAAUACCUUGCAGCAUAACAAUAACAAUAACAGUAACAGUAAUAGUAACAAUAAUAGUAAUAAUAAUAAUAUGUCACACUCACAGUCCACUGGUGAUGUGUCAGCAAUUUUUGGACGUGCUUGACUUCGCGCCCGACCCACAAAACUCGAGCUCAAAAAAUGCAAACUAGUCAAUAUGGUGGAUUUUUGGAGCUAGAAGUGGAAGUAAGGGGGAGUUUAGGGGAGUAUAGGAGAGUAUAUUUGAAUGUGCGUUGAAGUAUGAAAUCAGCGUGUGGUGAUUUUAUGUAGCUGUGUUGAAUAUAACUUUGUAAUUUGAGGUGAUGAACUUUCCUCUCUUUCGUUUUUUCUUAUUAAUAUUUAUUUUUGUUAUAGAAGUGAGACUCUUUUAAUAUUUACAUAAUAAAUGUGUGUUCUAACAAUAUAUAUAUAUUUAGAUUCCUUAAAUCAUUUAUAAUAUAGUAUGGUGUAUAUGUAUAAAGGUUACAUAAAUUGCGCUGUGGUGAAUAGAGCAAUUGUUGUGGCACACUUGAACAAAGCACAAUAUAGCUUUAAUUUUUUUUUGUUUUUUCCUUUUUUUUUUUAGAUAUAUAGAUACUAAGAAAAUUAUUAAAUCUAUUAGAACUUAAGUAAAGAAUUUAAGCACAAUGUUGUAGUGUAAAUACGGGAUUGUGAUUUAUUUUCGUACUGAAUUGAGUGGACUCCAAAAAAAACAGAAUUUACGUAAUCUUAUUAGAUUUUGUAUAGUCUAGUUCUUAGAUAAGUGACGUGCAUGUUAUUUUUUGUGAGUUGAAAAGGCAAGAAUAGUUAUAUUAUUUUUCACCAUAUUAUGGUGUAGAAGUAAUCUACAGUUCUUCAGGUAUUGAAACUGACAGAGGGAACGCGUGUAGUUAGUUAAAAGUAAAGUUAAAGGAAAAUGUCUAUGUCUUUAUUUUAUGCGACAUAAAUACAUUUGUGUAAUGAAUAUAAAUAUCUGCAUUAUCAAAUAUCUAUAAGUAGUAUCUAUAAGUAACUAUAACUAAGAAAGUCUCACUUCUCAAGAGUACUCACCUCAAAAUAUAUCAUUAAUUAAUUAAAAUAUCUUAUUUAUAAGUACCAAAUAUAUAAACAAUAAUAUAGCUGUGGUGAACAUAACUAAUAUAAAUUGAAUUUUUUCUACGAACAUAACAAAAUUAUUUAAUUAAUAGUGAAUAUUUUAAUCGUUCUUUUCGAUUUAUUGCUGUUAAUAAGUAAAAAAUUAAAAACAAAAUAAAACUUUUAUCGUAUUUAAAUAUAAGUAAAAUAAAAAACUAUGUCUGUCACACACACUAUGAAUACAAUAAAUAAGCUCAUGUAUUGGUUGCAUAUAAUGACCCUGUAUACUAUAAGCAAUUAAAUAGUAACAAAGAACAAUGUUAGUAACUUUUCCCACAUUUUAUACAUAAACUGUCAUUUUAUAGACCAGAUAUGUAAUUUUUAUUGCCAAU